CGUUGCUAACGUGCACCUCCCUUUUCUCUCUCCUUCAUCCCUCGUUUCAUUUAUCCAUCCUUCUUCGCUCCUCUCUGCAGAUUCUGCACUCCUUUCUCUCUUCCCUGUUUUUCUGCACCUGAUCUAACCUCGAUUCCUCAAAUUAAAUCUCGUAACUCACCCUUAUUCCUCGAUAUUCGUGUUCAUCUUCCUGCUACCACACUCUUCUUCCCUUUCCCCGUUUUCAGAAAACCCCCAAUUUCCUCACUCCCCAAACCAUUGAGUUCUAGGGUUUCGAUUGAUCCAUGAAUCGUGAUUACUGGAUCGGAACUGGAAUGAAAUGAGACGGCGCCCCGUGGCGGGAUUUCUCCCCGAACAAAUGGAGAAAUCAACGAGCAAGAAUCACAAUUCCAGAAUUUGCUUCCUCGCUUCUCUCUCUGCGUUCUUCUGGUUCUUGCUCCUCUACUUCCAUUUCGUUGUCCUCGGUGAGCAGUCCACCAAAAUAGGUCAAGUUCCCGUCAAUAUCGAAUCCCACCAACUUCAACAACAACUUACACAACCGUUCCAGAACCCUCCCCGGAAGAACAUUGGGUUCCCUCAUGUGGAGGAAGUGAAAACCCCUUCAAAAAGUUUCAAUUUCCCCUUUAUGAGAGCCCUAAGAACUGCUGAGAACAAGAGUGAUCCUUGUGGAGGGAGGUAUAUAUAUGUGCAUGAUCUUCCCUCCAGGUUCAACGAGGACAUGUUGAAGGAGUGCAAAAGUUUGAGUCUUUGGACCAACAUGUGCAAGUUCACCACCAAUGCUGGUCUUGGGCCACCCCUUGAGAAUGUCGAUGGUGUUUUCUCUGAUACUGGUUGGUAUGCCACUAAUCAGUUUGCUGUUGAUGUGAUAUUCAGUAACAGGAUGAAGCAGUAUGAAUGCUUGACUCGUGAUUCAUCCAUUGCUGCUGCAAUCUUUGUGCCCUUUUAUGCUGGUUUUGACAUUGCACGUUAUCUUUGGGGUUACAAUAUCUCCAUGAGGGAUGCUGCAUCGCUUGAUCUUGUUGAUUGGCUCAUGAAGAGGCCUGAGUGGAGCAUCAUGAAUGGGAGAGACCAUUUUCUUGUUGCUGGGAGGAUAACAUGGGAUUUCAGGAGAUUGACAGAAGAGGAAUCGGAUUGGGGGAACAAGCUUUUGUUUUUGCCUGCUGCUAAGAACAUGUCUAUGCUUGUGGUGGAAUCGAGUCCUUGGAACGCUAAUGACUUUGGGAUUCCUUAUCCCACUUAUUUCCACCCUGCAAAAGAUGAUGAUGUGUUCAUUUGGCAGGAGAGGAUGAGAAGGUUAGAGAGGAAGUGGCUUUUCUCCUUUGCUGGGGCGCCACGUCCUGAUAACCCCAAAUCCAUUAGGGGACAGAUAAUUGACCAAUGCAAGAGAUCGAAGGUUGGGAAGUUGUUAGAGUGUGAUUUUGGGGAGAGCAAGUGUCAUUCUCCCAGCAGCAUAAUGCAGAUGUUUCAGGGGUCCCUUUUCUGCCUUCAACCGCAGGGUGAUUCCUACACCAGAAGAUCUGCUUUUGAUUCAAUGCUGGCUGGUUGUAUACCUGUCUUUUUCCAUCCGGGUUCGGCUUAUACGCAAUACACUUGGCAUCUUCCUAAGAAUUAUACCAAGUAUUCUGUGUUCAUUCCUGAGGAUGAUAUUAGGAAGAGGAAUGUCAGCAUUGAGGAGAGGCUUAGUCAGAUUCCUCCUGAGCAAGUGAGGAUCAUGAGGGAGGAGGUCAUUAGUCUCAUUCCAAGACUAGUGUAUGCAGAUCCUCGUUCUAAAUUAGAAACUCUUAAGGAUGCAUUUGAUGUUUCUGUACAAGCAGUGAUUGACAAGGUUACCAAUUUGAGGAAGGAUAUCAUUGAAGAUCGCAUUGAUGAAAACUUCAUUGAGGAGAACAGUUGGAAAUAUGCAUUGUUGGAUGAGGGACAGCGUGAGGUUGGACCUCAUGAAUGGGAUCCUUUCUUCUCCAAACCGAAGGAUGGCAGCGGGGAUUCUGGUGAUUCUUCUGCUGAAGCUGCAAAAAAUUCGUGGAAAAAUGAGCAAAGAAAUCAAUCAUGAUUCAUGAAGGGGAGAUAAAAGUUGCAUCUGCAGGUUUUCUUAAUUGUGGUUCAAUGCUGACACUAAUGAUUUCCCUGAAUUAAGGAAGAAUUACAGCUAUAAAAUAAUUGCUGGGUCCUUCCUGUGGUCUUACUGCAGAACGUGCAUUCGAGUUUAUUGACCAGGAUUCAUCAUUGAAAACCCCUAGCAUGGAGAGAUAUUCUCCGCUUUCUACAGUUUUGUUAUAUAGAUAAUUUUUCUGAUUUCCGUCUUAUGUAUUCUCCUUAGUGGUUCCUAGAUGUAUUUUCCAAUGUUUAAUAAUUUAUUUGAUAGAAUAUAUUUUUCCACUUAAUUCAUACAGGAAGUAUACACAAAUUUAUGGUUCACGGUUAGUUGAAGUGUGCACUUGAUUGGUUCAUUUGGCAGCUCUUACCUGUGUUAAUGAAUUUAUUGAAUCGUGGCUA